CAAUCCAUUCUGGCAAUUCUCAAUCAAACUCAUUAUACCGGUUUUCCAAUUAUCGAUCCGCUUACACAAACUUGACACGCUAAAUCGCGUGCUACUUCGUUCAUGCUCGGAAAAUGGCAUCGUUAACAUCGAUGUUGAGCAAGGAUGUGCCUGAUAUCGAAAAUAUACUAAACAUCAAUUCGAAAAUCAAACUUCAUGCAAAUCUUGUGCCAUCGGCGCGUACCAAACAGAACAAAGAACACUGGAAAAGAAAUAUCCAUGAGAAAUGUGAUAGUUGCAUGUCUUUGACAAAGAACUUUGAUGACAUCAAGCACACUACAUUGAGCGAGCGUGGAGCUUUGAAAGAAGCAGCACGUUGUUUAAAAUGUGUCGAUGCACCUUGUCAAAAAUCCUGUCCCACACAACUAGACAUCAAAUCCUUCAUUACCUCAAUUUCCAACAAGAAUUACUAUGGCGCAGCUAAGGCAAUUUUGUCUGACAAUCCUCUCGGUCUCACCUGUGGCAUGGUUUGCCCAACUAGUGACCUUUGUGUGGGUGGAUGUAAUCUUUACGCAACCGAGGAAGGACCUAUUAACAUUGGUGGACUUCAACACUUUGCGAUGGAUAUUUUCAAGCAGAUGAACAUACCUCAGACUAAAAUACCUAAUCAAACAGUACCUCAUGCAAACACGAAGAUUGCUUUGCUCGGUUGUGGUCCAGCUUCUCUCUCAUGUGCGACAUUUCUCGCUCGACUCGGUUAUAAUGAUAUCACAAUAUUCGAGAAAGAAAAAUAUAUUGGUGGACUUAGCUCUUCUGAAAUACCACAGUAUAGACUUCCGUAUGAUGUUGUCAACUUUGAAGUGGAUCUCGUCAGGGAUUUAGGAGUGAAAAUUGAAUUGGAAAGAUCACUAUCUGAAGAAGAUUUGACAAUACAGGGUCUUCAACAUGCUGGAUACAAAGCGAUCUUUUUGGGUAUUGGAUUACCUGAUCCAAAGAAUAUACCAAUCUUCGAAAAUCUUACAUCGGAAAUGGGCUUUUUUACCUCAAAAAGUUUUCUGCCAAUCGUUGCAAAAAGUAGUAAGCCGGGAAUGUGCGCUUGUAAGAAUCAGAAAUUUCCAUCUCUUCGAGGCAAUGUGAUCAUUCUUGGUGCGGGAGAUACCGCAUUCGAUUGCGCCACUUCUGCUUUGCGAUGUGGUGCCAAAAAAGUCUUUAUUGUCUUUCGAAAAGGCUUCACCAACGUGCGGGCAGUUCCAGAAGAGAUGGAUCUGGCAAAGGAAGAAAAAUGCGAAUUCAUACCUUUCCAAUCGCCGAAGCGAGUCAUCAUUCGCAAUGAGAGGAUCGCCGCAAUUGAGUUUUGCAGAACUGAACAGAAUGAAAAUGGUGAAUGGAUAGAAGACGAAGAGCAAAAAGUUGUCUUGAAGGCAGAUUUCGUGAUUUCGGCUUUCGGUUCGGGACUGUAUGAUUCUACUGUGAAACGUGCUAUGAUACCGGUUGAAAUAAAUGGCUGGAACCUACCGGAAGUGGACGAGACUACAAUGAUGACAUCGGUACCAGGUGUAUUUUGUGGAGGUGACCUUGCAGGUGUUGCUCAGACAACCGUGGAAUCUGUGAAUGAUGGAAAAACAGCUGCAUGGUAUAUUCACAAAUACAUACAGGAACUCUAUGGCUUGAUAGUGCCAGAAAUCCCGCAAUUACCAAAAUUCCAUACCGCCAUUGAUGAUGUUGACCUCAGCGUUAAGAUAUGCGGGAUGAAAUUCGAAAAUCCUUUUGGUCUCGCUUCUGCACCACCCUGUACGUCCAGUGCAAUGAUUCGGAGAGCUUUUGAAGCCGGUUGGGCUUUUGCUGUCACAAAAACCUUCUCUUUAGAUAAGGAUCUCGUCAUCAAUGUAUCGCCACGUAUUAUCAAAGGCACUACAUCUCGUCAUCAUUACGGACCUGAGCAAGGCAGCUUCCUGAACAUCGAGUUGAUAUCCGAAAAAACCGCCGAUUAUUGGUGUGGCAGUAUUACUGAGUUGAAGCGAGAUUUCCCUACAAAAAUUGUCAUCGCAAGUAUUAUGUGUACGUAUAACAGAGCCGAUUGGACAGAAUUGGCGAGAAAAGCGGAAGCGGCUGGUUCUGACGGCUUGGAAUUAAAUCUAUCUUGUCCACAUGGUAUGGGUGAAUCAGGAAUGGGUUUGGCCUGUGGACAGGAUCCCGAAUUGGUUAGAAAUAUUUCCAGAUGGGUUCGCGAAGCCGUCAAGAUACCAUUUUUUAUAAAACUAACACCCAACAUAACUGACAUCCUUUCCAUUGCCAAGGCAGCUUACGAGGGCAAGGCUGAUGGUGUUACUGCCAUUAACACAGUAUCAGGAUUAAUGGGGCUGCAUGCCGAUGCGACUCCAUGGCCUGCGGUCGGCCUCAAUAAAUCCACAACGUAUGGUGGAGUAUCAGGAAAUGCUACCAGGCCCCAAGCCUUGAGAGCUAUUUCAACGAUUUCGAAACACCUUCCAGGAUUCCCAAUACUCGGCACCGGUGGCGUGGACUCGGCCGAUGUUACUCUGCAGUUCUUACAUUGCGGUGCAUCGGUUGUCCAAAUCUGCAGCGCUAUUCAGAAUCAGGAUUUCACCGUAAUAAAUGAUUAUGUGACUGGCUUAAAAGCAUUAUUAUAUCUGAAAAGCUUGGCACAGGUGAAGGAUUGGGACGGUCAGAGUCCACCGACAUUCAAACAUCAAAAAGGCAAACCUGUUUCGUUGCAGCACGCCCUUGGAAAAAACAUACCAUAUUUUGGUGUAUACCAAAGGCUGCGUGAAAGGAAGAUAGCCGAGCUAAAAGCAAAUUCGAAUCCCUUAGAUCAGGUCGUGAAGACAACACGACCGGCUCCAGAACCGAUUGCACCGAUACCUACUGUCAAAGAUGUAAUUGGUAAAGCGUUGAAUCACAUUAGCAGCUACAAGGAAUUGGACAACAGGAAACAAGUAAUCGCUUUGAUCGACGAUGAUAUGUGCAUAAAUUGCGGUAAGUGUUAUAUGGCUUGCGCAGAUUCCGGGUACCAGGCAAUCACCUUCGAUCCCGAUACUCAUAUUCCAAAAGUGACAGAUGAUUGCACUGGAUGUACGCUUUGCUUGUCCGUCUGUCCGAUUAUCGAUUGCAUCACUAUGGUUCCCAAAACGAUUCCGCACGUAAUUAAAAGAGGGGUGCCGCCAAAAAAUAUAAUCGAAAUUUGUUGAAUAUUACAUAUUGUCUAAAGAAAUUUAUGAUAGCAUUUUACUAUAAAUAAUUAAUUAUUCAAUGAAAAUUAACAUCAUGUAAAAGAUAAUAUGUAAUAUACAUAAAUAAAUGAUAAAUCAUUAUCAUGUGUAAUUAGUAUCAAUAAUUGUAUAGCUAUCUUAAACUAAGUAUACCGUUAGGAUUACUAAUAAAGAUUUCGAUUAAAAAGAUAAAAAA